AUGGAAAAAUCCAGUGACAGCUCAGAGUAUGGUUUUAUCUCGGCGGGCUUCUCCCAUCGUCCCAAGCUGGAGCUGGUGCUCUUCAUAGUAAAUUUUACCCUAUAUUCAGCGGCUGUUAUUGGCAACAUCAUCAUUAUCUUGAUAUCCUGCCUGGACCCCUGCCUCCACACACCCAUGUACUUCUUCCUUACCAACCUGUCCUUCCUAGACCUCUGCUUUACCACCAGUUCCAUCCCCCAGCUGCUUUUCAACUUGGGUGGCCCAGACAAGACCAUCAGUUACACAGGUUGUGCCAUCCAGCUAUUCAUGUUCCUGGGUCUGGGUGGCACAGAAUGUGUCCUCCUGGCAGUCAUGGCUUAUGACCGCUUCACUGCAAUCUGCAAGCCCCUCCACUAUUCCAUCAUUAUGCACCCUCAGCUUUGUUGGAAGCUGGUGUCUGUUGCCUGGGGUGUCGGGCUCCUCAACUCCCUGGCUAUGUCUCCGGUGACCAUGAGGCUGCCACGAUGUGGAAGAUGUAAGGUGAAACAUUUCCUAUGUGAGAUGCCAGCUCUGAUAAAAAUUGCCUGUGUGGACACUGUGGCUGUGGAGAGCACGGUUUUCAUCUUAUCAGUAAUGAUUGUCCUGGUGCCCCUGGGGCUCAUCCUCGUCUCCUAUAGCUACAUUGCCCUAGUGGUGCUGAGCAUGAAGUCGGCCAUGGGAAGAAGGAAAGCUUUCAACACAUGCGGGUCCCACCUCACCAUGGUCUCCUUGUUUUAUGGGAAUAUUAUCUAUAUGUAUAUGCAACCAGGAAAUCAUUCUUCUCAGGACCAAGGGAAAUUCCUUACCCUCUUCUACAACUUGGUGACCCCCAUGUUGAACCCUGUCAUCUACACACUGAGAAACAAGGAUAUAAAUGGUGCCCUGAGGAGGCUUGUGUCCAGAAAGUAA